ACGAGCUGGCAGUCAGAGCCGCAAAGGAUCCUGAGAGGACAGCAGAGACUUGAGGCACUUCCUCACAAGCAGGCUAAAUUAAGACGGGGGAUUUCGGGAAAAGUCUGAAUUUGGUAGAAAUUCAAGACCAAGAAAGUCGGUCCACAGUUUGAGAAGAGAGAGGAGUCCGGGGUGAGCGGUCACCAUGGCACCCUUCCUACGAUUUACCCUGCAGGGUUACGACAUGGGCGCUCUGGGCCCCGUGGAUGGCACACCGACUUGUGCCGUCAGGAUUAAAGAAUCUGUCAGUACAGAGCGAGGAAAGACCUUGGUACAAAAGAAGCCCACCAUGUAUCUUCAGUGGAAGUCCAGUUUUGACGCUCAUAUCUAUGAGGGUCGUGUCAUCGAAGUGAUCCUCUUGAAGACCUCUGACGAGCCUCUGGCUAAGGUCACUUUGGGAAUGUCUACUCUGACGGAGCGCUGCAAGGCCUUGAAAACCAAAAACCAAACUGAAUUCUGGGUGGAGCUUUAUCCUUCGGGGAGAAUUCAGAUCUCCUUACAGCAUUUCCUGGAGGACACAGAUAUAGGCAAGCCGUCAACGAAGGCUCCUCCUCCAGAAGGCGUUAUGACUCUCAACAGAAGGAGAGGAGCCGUUAAGCAACAAAAGAUUCACGGCAUCAAAAACCACGAGUUUAUUGCCACGUUCUUCCGCCAGCCCACCUUCUGCUCCGUCUGCAGAGAGUUCCUCUGGGGUCUCAACAAGCAGGGGUACAAGUGCAAACAAUGCAAUGCAGCCAUCCACAAGAAGUGCUUUGAGAAAAUCAUCUACAACUGCACUGGAACAGCAGCAAACAGCGUUGAUACCAUGUUCCAGAGCGAACGUUUCAACGUCAACGUGCCGCAUCGCUUCAAGUACUACAACUACAAGAGCCCCACGUUCUGUGACCACUGCGGCAGCCUCCUGUGGGGUCUCGUGAGACAGGGCCUGAAAUGCGACGCCUGUAACAUGAACGUCCAUAGUUACUGCCAGGUGAAAGUGGCCAAUAUGUGUGGAGUCGACCAGAAAUUGUUCGCAGAAGUUCUGGCCCAGUUUGCCACGAAAAGCGACACCCAGGAGGAAGAGGAUCCAGAUAUUGGGAUUUAUGAAGACAGGAGCUUAAUUACAGAUCCUAAAGCUGGCCAAAAACCCAAGAGCGUGAGGCCGGCGCCUGCCACGACCCCGGCCAAAGACCCAACCCCAGCCCCGACCUCCCAGCUCCUCCAUCUCAAAUUGGACAACUUUAUACUCCAUAAAGUUCUGGGGAAAGGUAGCUUUGGCAAGGUGAUGCUGGCAGAGCUGAAGGGGUCUGGUCUCUACUUUGCCGUGAAAGCCCUGAAGAAGGAUGUGGUGCUCAUGGACGACGACGUUGAGUGCACCAUGGUGGAGAAAAGAGUCCUGAGCCUGGCGUGGAACAAUCCUUUCCUCACUCACCUCUACUCCACGUUCCAGACUAAAGAGCACCUCUUCUUCGUGAUGGAGUUCCUCAACGGAGGCGACUUGAUGUUUCACAUUCAGGAGAAAGGACGCUUCGAUCUCACCAGAGCUACGUUCUAUGCUGCUGAGAUCGUCGUAGGGCUUCAGUUCCUUCACGCCCAAGGAAUCAUCUACAGAGAUUUGAAGCUGGAUAAUGUUAUGCUGGACAGUUCUGGACACAUCAAAAUAGCAGAUUUUGGCAUGUGCAAAGAGAACAUCUCCGCAGAGAACAAAACUGGAACGUUCUGUGGGACGCCGGACUACAUCGCACCCGAGAUCCUGGUUGGACAGAAGUACACCUUCUCAGUAGACUGGUGGUCAUUUGGUGUGCUCGUCUACGAGAUGCUGAUUGGUCAGUCGCCAUUCCACGGUGACAAUGAGGACGAGCUGUUUGAAUCCAUCCGGUUGGAUGCCCCCAACUACCCCAAGUGGAUCACCGACGAAUCAAGGAGCCUACUUGAGCAGUUGUUUGUGCGAGAGCCAAGUCGCAGGUUGGGUGUGGUCGGCGACAUCAGAGCCCACAGCUUCUUUCAGUUAAUCAACUGGUCGGCGCUGGAGAACAGACAAGUGGAGCCGCCGUACAAGCCCAAAGUGAAAUCCCCCAACGACUACAGCAACUUUGAUCGGGACUUCCUCAGCGAGAAACCCCGCCUCACCAACUGCGACAAGAAGCUCCUUGCAACCAUGGACCAGACUGCGUUUAGAGACUUUUCCUUCGUCAACCCCAAAAUGGAACAACUGAUAAGAAAAUAGAAGAAAAAACUCACAGAAACUAAAGUGUUAGCUCAGGACACGGAAGUAGGCUCUUAUGUUAUUCUGUUUAUCUUCAUGUGGUGUAGGGGUCAAGUGACUUUUGAGCCUGAUUGUAAGCUUUAUGGUUCCUCUGAUACAUCAGGAGAUAAAACGACGUUUGCUGGGAGUGUGCGUUGUCUCGUCUCCUCCGUCAGACGGCGCAGGUUUCCAACGGAGCGCGAAGCUUCAGGACUCGUGGACCAGUGUCGCGUUUUGUUUCUGCUAAGGGGUACAAAUCAAUUGCCAGUUUAGUCUUCGUUUGUUAGUCGUGUUUUCUUCAUUCACCGUGUACCGUAUCACAACUCUUUAAUACGCAGGCACAAGAUUCACACUUUGAUCUUAUGAAACAGUGACACUGUAUAAACCUGACAUUGCACAUGCAAACUAUGGGAGUUGAAUGUACGCGGAGAGCACAUUCAUUGCAGCACUUUUUGCACCCGGUUAGAGAUUAUAAGGACUUUUGAGAUGCUUUUCUGUUUUUUUUUUUUAGAUGCAAAAUGGUGCUACAGGUUGUUGCCACUGCUGUUUUGUUGAUGCAGCCGGUUUAGCCCAUUUGGGAUGAAAUGUACUGUAACGGUGUCGACGGUUUAAAUUUGAUCUGAACUGAAGCUUGUAUGCCAUGAACAUUUUACUGUCAUUGCUUUCCUCUCUUAUCCCUUUAUGUUUUGUUCUGUUUUUAAUAUUUUAUUCUGUCUUUAUGUAAAACGAGUAUGACAUGAAAUGUCACGCUGUAUAUCAAAAUAAAGGAGAGUACAAGUGAAGUUCUCUGGGUCCUCGUGAAACUCGGUGGAAGAAUGCGCGGCAUGCGUUUAAUAUCACACCUGUACGUCCGUAUGCAAUAAAGAAUGUUGUUUUAUAAGAGAAGUGGCAUUUCUGUGUGAGAACAGAUCUUUAAUAUGUCAUAUGUAUGUUACAAUAUUUAAAUACUGGGAUUUAACAGGGAAAUGAUGCAACUCUGUCUAAACAAAUCAUGUGUUCAGCUGUUAACUGCUUGAUUUCAGUGGAGUCCUUUUGAAAUGUCCAUCUUUUACAAAUGAUUCUGAAUAAAUAUACUUGUAAAUUGAA